AUGGCUCACGGAAUUGGUUCAGACCUGGAAAUCAGUUCGCUCCUCGAAGUGUCGGUUAUACGCUCAGCUUGUCCUCUUUGUGACGGUCCGGAUGAUGGGAAAAUGGUUAAUUGUGAUAAAUGCCACCAGUGGUUCCAUUUUGAAUGUGUCGGUGUAAACGAAAGUGAGUCGGAGAGAGACUGGAGCUGUGUGCAGUGCAGUGCUCAGGUCCCUACAGGCCCUUCAACAUCGGAUUCCAUUCAAGAUUUACGUAAGCAAAUCGAUUUACUAGAACGAAAGCUGGCGGCUACCCAAGUGAAGGAAAAUCAAAGAGUUCGGUGCGAUGUAGACCCGCGGCCCAUAAGAGGUAUGUUUGGUGCGAAGUCGACAGGUGCGAUCCCGAAGGCAAAUUCAACGGCUAUAGGAACAGUCGUUUCGUCUGGCGGCAGCAAAACUAGUUUCGAAAAUGACGAUGAUCUGGAGGAUGAACUUAGACUGUUGGAAGAAAAACACGCUCUAGAAAAACGGCAACUGCAAGAACGUUAUGCUGUGCUACAGAAGAGGCGAUCGUCAACCGGAAUAAACCAAACUGGAACACAAGCGGAAUUGGGCAGCUCGAAUUCGUCAUUCUGCAAUGAGCUUAGUCGAAGUCAACUAGCGGCGAGACAAGCGGUUUCCCGUGAUUUACCUGCAUUUUAUGGGCAUCCCGAGGAAUGGCCGCUUUUCUACGCGAGCUUCGAAAGCUCCACGAGAAUGUGUGGAUACAGCGACGAAGAAAAUCUUCUUCGGCUCCAGCGUAGCCUAAAGGGGAAAGCGCUUGAUGCUGUCCGCAGUCGAUUGUUGCAUCCGUCGAACCUUCCUGGGAUUAUGAGUACCCUGAAGACGCUGUUUGGACGUCCCGAAAUGAUAGUGCAUUCGCUUGUUGCGCGUAUACGGGAUAUGCCAUCGCCGAGAGCGGAAAAAUUAAAUACACUUAUCGAUUUCGGAAUAGCAGUUCAGAAUGUUUGCGCAACGAUCAAGGCAUGUGGACUAGAUGAGUAUUUAUGUAACGUUGCCCUGCUACAGGAACUGGUCGAACGUUUGCCACCAACCAUCAAACUUAAUUGGGCAUUGUAUAGGCAAACGCUAUCGAUGGUUACAUUGUCUAGCUACGGUGAUUGGCUGGAAAAACUAGUAGAAGCUGCUUGUGUUGUUACUACCGUUCCGGUCGAAACAUCAAUCAAUAAAAAGAAUCGGAAACAAGACGAUUAUGUGAACGUUCACUCUGAAGAAACGGUAUCAUUUAAGCCCAGCAGAACACGGACAGAUAGCAAACGGUGCGUAAUUUGCGAGGGAACAUGCAGUUCUUCAGAGGUAUGCGAAACAUUCCGUGGCAUGAGCGUUUCAUCGCGAUGGUGUACCCUUAGGGAGAAAAAACUCUGCAAAAAGUGCCUUAACAAACAUUUUGGGGCCUGUAAUGUUAGAUCCUCAUGUGGUAAGAACGGAUGCACGUUCAUGCAUCAUCCGAUGCUACACGAUGACGUUAGAUAUAAAGCGACAGAUCCACGGAAACAGCCAUCUUCUCAAAGCUGUAAUGCACACAGCGGUCCAACCGGAAAUGUUUUGUUCAGAUAUAUCCCAGUUAUCCUGCAUGGAAAAAAUGUGACUGUUAAAACUCAUGCAUUUUUAGAUGACGGGUCUUCGGCAACAUUUAUGGAGCACAGCUUAUUGAAGGAACUCCAGUUAGAAGGUACACCAAACCCACUUUGCUUAAACUGGACGGGUGGCCAACAGCGUGAGGAACGAGAAUCUGUUCGUCUACAGCUAGAAAUUUCUGGUGGAUCAAGAAAUCGUUGUAAGAAGUACGUACUCCCUAAGGUUCAUACUGUUAGAACACUUGCUCUUCCAUCGCAAUCGGUCGCAAUACCGGAUUUAUCAAGUCGAUAUCAAUACCUACAAGGGCUGCCGAUUUGUUCAUACGACUCUGUUUCACCGAGGCUUUUGAUCGGAAUUGAUAAUUGUCAUGUUGGUCAUGCACUAAAGAGCAAGGAGGGAGCUGCAAAUGAACCGGUUGCUGAAAAAACGCGACUGGGCUGGUUAGUUUACGGUCCAUGCUCAGUGACAUUGGAGUCUUCUGCAAGAAAUUUCAACGCGUGUCAUAGCUUCCACAUUUGUUCAUGUUCAGGAGACACUGAUUCAGAUCUGAAUACUGCACUUAAGGAAUACUUUUCUAUAGAUUCUUUAGGAAUUCUGCGGCCUGCGAAACCAUUGCUGUCUAAGGACAAUGAGCGCGCUACACAGCUGCUCUUGUCACGGACACACCUUACUAACAAUCGUUAUGAAACCGGUCUUUUGUGGCGAAGCGAUGAAAUACAUCUUCCGGAUAGCAAAGCUAUGGCCGAGAAACGUUUAGUUUGUUUAGAGAGGCGCAUGAGUCGCGAUCAAUUACUCGCUAAAACACUGCAGGAGAAAAUCUCAGAAUAUAAACAGAAAGGCUAUAUUCGAAAGUUGAGUCCGGAAGAAGUUGCUGCGAAGCAUCCUCGGAAGUGGUAUCUGCCUGUCUUUCACCAUAACGUCUACGUACCUGUUUUGAGGUUCGAAAGAUUUUCGAAAUGGAAACGGCUCAUCAGGGCAACGGCAUACGCCCUGCGGUAUAUAUCUUACCUUCGCAGAAAGUCUCGUGCUCCGUUAAAUGCAACACCACUGUCUAAGGAAGAGUUACAACAAGCUGAAUGGUGUAUAUUUCGUCAGGUUCAAAAACAAGCUUUCCCUGAAGAAUACAACCACCUGUAUAACUCAGCAGAUAUGAAAUCUAACCGUACACUACCAAAGAACAGUAAGCUGUACAAGUUAAACCCAUACAUCGACAAUACCGGAAUUUUGCGUAUGCAGAGCCGUAUUCAACUGUGCCAAUUCGUUAACGAUUGCGCCAAAUACCCUAUUUUGCUGCCUAAACGGCACUAUUUGACAGACUUGGUGAUAGCCGAUUACCACUGUCAUUACAAGCACAUCAACCAUGAGACGGUUAUAAACCAAAUACGCCAGAAAUUCCAUAUUCCACAACUGCGCUCAGCGCACAAGCGUGUUCGUAAUAGUUGUCAAGUGUGCAAGAUACAGCGAGCUGAACCACAUGCUCCAAUGAUGGCCGAUCUUCCAGUAGCGCGGAUGGCUGCAUUCACUCGCCCAUUUUCUUAUACUGGCAUAGAUUACUUUGGACCAAUAUCAGUGGUAGUCGGAAGAAGGACCGAGAAGCGUUGGGGCGUCCUUAUGACUUGUUUAACAGUCAGAGCCAUUCACAUUGAGAUCGCGUAUUCUCUUUCCACCGAUUCCUGCAUUCUAGCGUUAAGAAACUUUGUGGCCAGAAGAGAACCUCCUGUUGAAAUCUUCAGCGAUCGCGGUACUAAUUUUAUUGGUGCCAGCCGAGUAUUGCGGAAGGAACUAGAGAAAGUAGACCAGGACAAGAUUAUGGAAUACUUUGUAGAUCCCAAUACUAAGUGGACAUUUAACCCGCCAGCAGCUCCGCACUUCGGAGGAAGCUGGGAGCGACUGAUUCAGUCUGUUAAAAAGGUCCUGAACCAAGUGAAGCCAAAGCGACUACCGACAGAUGAACUGCUACGAACUAUGUUGUCUGAAGUCGAAUUGAUAGUCAAUUCCAGGCCGUUGACUCAUAUACCAUUAGACGUUGAUUCUUUGCCUCCUCUAACACCGAACGAUAUACUCCUCGGAUCUUCCAAUGGUUCGAAACCCCCGAUCGCAUUUAAUGACAGUCCAGAUUGUUUGAAAAACUCGUGGAAGGCCUCGCAAUGCUAUGCAGAUGAGUUCUGGAACAGAUUCGUCAUCGAAUACCUGCCAACACUUACGCGAAGAUCAAAGUGGUUUCAACGAACGCGCCCGAUAGAGGUGGGUGACGUUGCCCUCAUCGUAGAUAAAAACCUUCCGAGAAAUUGUUGGCCGAAGGGACGCGUCGUGGAAGUCGUUCGGUCAAAGGAUCAGCAAGUAAGACGAGCAACUUUAGAGACAGCCCAAGGGAGAAUGGAGAGACCUGCAGUUAACAUCGCAAUCCUGGACGUCGGUUCCAAUUCGAGUAAGUCGGACGAAGGCCACAACUUACUGGGGGGGAAUGUCACGUUGUCUGUGACGGAACCACCUUCUGCGAGUUCCCUCGGCGAUACCAAUUCAGCAAAGGCCGAUCGAAGCGACGCUUUGUUUCUACACAGUACUGCCAGCGACUACUGCCGAUCGGAAACGAUCUGA